AUGAACUGGAUCACGGCUGGCAGGGAUCACAGGUGUACUCAGCAGGACCUGAAGAGAGGGAUGAACUGGAUCACGGCUGGCAGGGAUCACAGGUGUACUCAGCAGGACCUGAAGAGUGGGAUGAACUGGAUCACGGCUGGCAGGGAUCACAGGUGUACUCAGCAGGACCUGAAGAGAGGGAUGAACUGGAUCACGGCUGGCAGGGAUCACAGGUGUACUCAGCAGGACCUGAAGAGAGGGAUGAACUGGAUCACGGCUGGCAGGGAUCACAGGUGUACUCAGCAGGACCUGAAGAGAGGGAUGAACUGGAUCACGGCUGGCAGGGAUCACAGGUGUACUCAGCAGGACCUGAAGAGAGGGAUGAACUGGCCAAUCACAGAGCAGAGCCAUGGCUCUGACAGUCACCGUGGCCACACCCACGUGGCUGUCCAAACACCCGGUCCUGGUUUGGCUGGUGGUACAGUGUCAGUGGAAGUAACGGGGCGUCAGGGGGCCGUGACUCUGCCUGAGGAGGGGUCUACUGUCUCAGGUGGGGAUACAGAGGACCAGAACAAGGGUGAAGAUGUGCAGGAGACAUCUAUAAAUACCCUACAUAGAGACGGGAGAUUUAAACCAGCCACUCAGACAGUGUCACCCGGUCCCACGGUCACUAAUGGAAUGGCCCACUCUCAGCCGGCCACGGUUACCAUAGCAACCACAGGACUAAGGAGAGACCCCUCUGGAAAGGGAACCACAAAACCCCAAUCCACCAACCACACUCCGGACCAUAUGGAGUCUCAGGGCGAAAUCCCUCCGGCAGUGGGGCCAGAGUCAGUGACAAAGGGACCAGAGAAGUACACUGAUUGGUCAGUGCCUAAUGUGACAGCUGUAGUGGACACAGUUAUCAGUACAAUGGCGGUAGGUGCUGAGAGGGCGCAGUACCAGCCGGACAUCCAGACUGCCCUUUAUGUUCCCAACCGUCAGGCUGGCACUGGGACACACACUAAACCUACUGACAGCCUCGUUAUCCAACCAUCAGCCAAUACCAGGCCCUCAACAAGGUCACCUGACUCUCAACCAGCGCCUGAUUGGCAGGGCUCAAACUCCACAGUCAGUGGUGUCAGACAUGGACCAGAUGGCAAACCAGUUGCUGCCACACUCAUUCCAACAGAACUUAAAGAGAGCACACCUCUCAUCCCAAGCACAGCCAAUGAAAAAGUGAAGACAGCAUCAACACAAAGGACCACUCCAAGCCCAACCAUUCAACUGUCACCAAGCACAGCACAGCCAAGUGGGUCUCCAACAACCAGGCAGCAGAAGAGGGGCAUAUGGACAACCCUUAGCACAAGCACACCUCACAGUGAGACCACAGCAACCAGCACAGCUUCUCCCACCACAAAAGACACAGGUUACGGGACAGGUUUUGUCAACCUGACCAGUUCUAAACCUCUUUUGCCAAAUGGGCGGGGCCGCAUGGAACUACCAGGGAAUAACGGAAAGCAUGUAGACAAGGAGUCGUCAUUAUCGCUAGGUUACGUCCCCUCUGAGUCCCUGGACCGAACCCCUUCCUCUCCGGCCCUACCCUCUGACCCCUGCCCCCCAGGCUCAGGCCCUUGUGUCGCCCCUAAUGACUUUACCCCCAUUAAUGGGAGCGUCCUGGUGUGGGCUGACCUCAGUCGCACACUGUCUUUUGCCUGGGAGCUCCACGUUUUCGGCUCUGCUGCCCUUUUCCUCCUCCUCACUGCUGGCUCUGCUCUGGGCCUGUUCCUGGCUCCCAGCACCGACUGCCCCCACCGAGGAGCCCUGGCCAUCGCCAACAGCCUCCUGCUUCUUACCGGAGUUCUGCGGUCCGUCCACUUCCUGCUCGACCCCUACGGGACACGACUCUUCCUGCCGCCACCCGUCGUUACGGCACUUUACACUCUCCCUCUGCCGCUGUUGCUAUGGGCGCAAGCAGCCGUGGUGCUGUUGGUGCUGCAGGGGGCUGGCGUGACCGUUCUAACGCCCACCCUGGAGCAGCCCCCUCUGCUGGCGGUGCUGGCAGUACUACACUGCACACUGCUGCUGGCGGUCGACCUCCUGUCGCCGGCUCUCUCACCCGCUGUGCCCGUUGUCCUGCAGAGUCUUACCCUCACAGCUGGCCUGGUGCUGUGCCUGGGGUAUCUCUGCCUGGUACUGCCACGCCUCACCAAAACACAGCCCCCCCGACGGGGCGGGGCUGACAAGGCUCUGGGAGGAGCCAAGCUACGUCUGUUGGCUCGUGUGUUGGCGGUCUGCUCCCUGCUGGGGGCGCUUUGCUGCCUGCUUCAUGCUCAUGCUUGUUUGUGGCUGUAUGGGCUGCUUGGGAACUGGAGGAGGUUCAGCUGGGCCUGGUGGUUGGGUCAGUUCUGGGCCCGGCUGCUGGAGCUGGCCUGGUCAUUCUGCUUGCUGCUGCUCUCCUCCUGGGUUUUCUGGAGGCCACGAGGUGGACCAGCUGGAAAUGGGCAGGGAUCAAUGGGACAGGGCGGGACUACACUGGGUGACCUUCCGUCCCCCUGUCAGUCAGCCGGCUCCUCCCACAGACACACGUGCUGGGCCAAGAUUGUGCAGAGCCUGAGGGGGCGGCCACAUAGGAAGUCGGACAGUAACGGGCUGGGAGGAGCCAACAGUGGUAGUGUGACAGGUGAGCUGCCCAAUAACUGGGCAGGACAGGAGCGCUCUGGGGCUGACAUCAGCAAGAGCCUGAUUCGAAACCGUGACCCGCCCAAGGAGAGCAACCGUGGGCGUAACCAGAGGGCCAACCCUGAGGGUUCCAUGGGUUCGUUGCUAAGGCUGCAGACGCUGGGUCUUCCCCCACACCGUUCGCUGAGUGGCAGCUUGGACCAGGAUAAAGAGUCCGCCCUUUCGCUCUACGACUUCGACCUCCGACCCCCAUCGCCCAUCGACCUGAGCCGCAGCAUCGACAACGCCCUCCACCGCGAGCACCUCUUCAGAGGCAGCCUGUUCCGCCCCCUCGGACCCCCGUCCCCCCCACCCUCCCCGACGCCCUGGCUACGUCGGAACAGCGACCCCCAACUCACCCUAACCUCAGCGAGCAGCGACGAGCACACGCUGCUGACGGAGUCCUCAGCCGCGCUGGACCGCUCCAUCCCCAGCGCUGUGCCCAGUCGACAGGUGACUGCCCCACCCACCCCGACUCAUCAGGGCCCCCGCUGGACCCCCGGAGCACCCGUGCCUUCCUCCCUCUCCUGCCCCGUCUCUCUCCAGCCUUCCCCAAAUUCCCAUGGAACCACACUCACACCCAGCAUGGACGACACGCGACCGUUCCUCACCCCAGACACGGAGGGGGCGGGGUCACAACAAGGGUGUGGGCGGCGCUACCUGAAGGUGGCCCGUCAGGACGACACGGCCAGUGUCAGCAGUGACAUUAUUGACCUGUGA